CCGGGGUCGGGGUGGCGGCCGGUGGUCGGGGAGGUCCGGCCUGACUUCGAUCUAGAGGCACCCCCCCGCCUUCAGUCCCGGGCUUGUUUCUCCUUCCUGGUCCGUCUCCGGGCACAUCUUCCCCUGACUCAGCACCUUUCUCAUGCCUUUCUUUUCACCUGCUUCCUCUUCACCGCGAACAUGUAAACAGAGGUGAAGAGGCCCUCAGAGAGAGCUGUCACCUUUUCUGUGCAGAGAAGUUCAUGCAGAGAACCUCUCCUGAAGACCUUGGCUCUGUUGCUAUGCUUCUUUAACUUUAGAUACUGUUUCUAUCACCAAACCAAAAACCCACUGUCCUUGAGUUGAUUCCGACUCACAGCGACCCUAUGGGACAGGAUAGAACUGCCCUAUAGGGCUUCCAAGGCUGUAAAACUUUAGGGAAGCAGACUGCCACAUCUUUCUCCCCUAGAGCGGCUGGUGGGAGAGCUUAACCCCUGGGCCAUCGGGUGCCUUGUUUAUCUCACUGUCUCCUUAUAUCCUUGUCUGUUCUGGCCACAGCCACUCCCUCUGCUUUUGUGAUUGCCUUUGUGACAGUGAAGAUGCAUCGCUGUGUUGAGGGUUAAGGACCUGUGGAGGCAUCGUGCUACUACUGCAAGAGUGGAACACUGCGCACCGCAGGCUCAAUGCCGUCCUCAUGAAGACACGUUAGACAUCAGAAUACACGGAUGGAGCAGCUGAAGCUUAACAAGAUUAAGUAGCUUGCCAAGGGCUGUGGUGAGUGGGAGCAUUUACACAGGACGUGCUUAUAAGGACCUGCCUACCAGCUGCCCUUCCCCAGCCCCAGAAUGUACCCCCGGCCAGGUGAACAGAAAACAGUCAUUCUGCUGGGUCAUGCUGAGCUCAUACCCUGAUGGCUGCUCCAUGAGGUCAAGACUGGGUCUGCUCCCUUCUGCUUUACCAAUGCCUGGCCUCAGGGGUUACUUUUGGGUCCAACACUAUGACAUCACCAACCUCCCUGCCAACUCCUCGCUCCCAGUCCAAGAAGCCCAUGGGCAGGAUGGCUGGCUGGUUCAGGCAGGCCCUGUUGAAGAAGCCCAAGAAGCUGCCCUUCUCUUCAGAAAGCACGCCUGGUGAUGUUUCCCGGCCGACCUCACAGGACAGCUCCCCACCCCUGAGCCUCAGCUCAGUCAAGUCUCCCACCCCGCCACCAGCACCCAUGGGCGCCAGCAGCAGUGGCCGCUGGACCAAAGACUAUGAUGUCUGUGUGUGCCACAGUGAGGAGGACCUGGCAGCUGCUCAGAAACUGGUCUCCUACCUGGAGGGCAGUGCUGCCAGCUUGCGCUGCUACCUGCAGCUUCGCGACGCAACCCCAGGUGGCGCCAUUGUGUCGGAGCUGUGCCAGGCACUAAGCAAUAGUCACUGCCGUGUGCUGCUCAUCACCCCAGGCUUCCUCCAGGACCCGUGGUGCAGGUACCAGAUGCUGCAGGCCCUGACGGAGGCCCCCACAGCGGAGGGCUGCACCAUCCCGCUGCUCUCGGGCUUGACCCGAGCCUCGUACCCUGCUGAGCUCCGCUUCAUGUACUACGUGGAUGGCAGGGGCCCUGACGGCGGCUUUCACCAAGUCAAGGAAGCUGUCAUGCGUUAUCUGCGGACACUUGGUUGACGUCUUGUGUUACUGUGAGACCCAGAGGUGGAACAAAGCUGGAAAAAAGAGUUGGAGAGCCCAUCCAGGGCCUUAAGUUCCAGCAGAAGGUGUGACAAGAGUGGAAGGAGCCAGAAUCUGCAGCAGUUUGCAUGUGGCCCUGGGACCAGAUUGCCCAUCAGGCAAUCAUUGAUCAUUAAUCGUUGCAGGCUCCCAGGAAGGCUUUGUGGAAAUUGGGGACUCCCCCAGGAAGGCCAUGAGGAAAUCAGGGACUCCCCCAGGAAGGCCAUGAAGAAGGCAGGGACUCCCCAGGAAGGCCAUGAGGAAAUCAGGGACUCCCCCAGGAAGGCCACAGGGAAGCCACAGAGUGGAGGCGGUAGGAGAUGGUGCUGAUGAUACCAGGAUGACCACCAGGUGCUUUGCCUCCUGCCUAACUGACACAAAGCCUGGCACAUACCUUUGUUUUCUUCUCCUGGAGCCAGGCACCAGGGCAGAUACGUGUCCCUCCUAAAGAGGUGACUCAAUGAUUAAUGAGCCAGAAGCCUAGGCAGCUGUGCCUUAGCACGGAUGGUUUUCCCUGCCACCUGGAGUUAGUUUUACGUGUCAGGAGAGAGCAACAGGCAUCAAGUCCUUCACACUCAGCACUGCCAUUCUCUCUCCCAAGUGAAUCCCACUAAUUCACUUCCAGAAGCUACAUGAAAGAUGCACUCGGCAUUGUAAUACAUUCUACUUUUAUUGCAUGAGUGUCAUUACAGACUCAAACCUAGAAGCCAUUCUGAAGGUACAGGAGACGGGAGGGAGCAGAUGGGAUGAAGAACAAGGAAAAGCAGGGCUGAGCCUUCACCUGGGAUCAAAAGGCCACUGGUGACAACAACAAAAAAAGGCAAAAUAUAAAUUAGGAUGAAAGAAUAUUACAACUUCGCACCAAAAAAAAAAAAAAAAAAAUAGCCACUGGUGCUUUGUCAUAGGGGGAUCUCAUCAGGGGUUUGGCCAGAAGUGAUGCUUUCGCGGUAGCUGUCUUCACCUUUGGAAUGAAAACACUCAGCGUUUUUCCUUCUGGCAGAUGACCAUGUACCUUGUAGGACAGGGAAGGUUUCAUUCAUCUGUUCUCGAUAAAAGCUUGUUGAACUGAGACGAAUUUCAUUACUCCCUCUUCUCUCACUUCCCCCUGCCACAUCCCCUCCUCUUACCUGAAAAAAAAAUUAUUUUUUAAACGUAGAUUCCUUUAUUCCAUACAAAGGAACGAAGCAAUACAAUGCACACUCAGGUACCUACCACCCAGCUUAAGAAAACCUUGCAGUCCCUGCAGCGUCGUCUUUGUGCCCUUCCCCUUCAUGAGUCACCACUAUUCUGAAUUUUGAACUUAACAUGCUUAGUUUUUCUCUUUCAUCUUACUACAUGUGUGUGCAUCCCUAAAACAUAUUGCUCAGUUUUACAUGGUUUGUAUUACACUUCCUAUAAGUGGUUAUUACGUCUGUAUUUUGCAUGUUCCUGUUUCUCCCACCAAGUGGCUGACAGUUACCAAUGUUAGUGCAGCUCCAAUUAGUUCACUUUCAUUUCAUUAUGUAAAUAGACCACCAUUUAGUCACACAUUGUUCUACGAACAGACAUUUCAGCCGUUUCCAGUUUUUUUGCCAUUAAAACAAUGGGCCUAGGAACAUUUUUGUACAUGCUUCCCUGAGCAAGAGGGUCCCUGGGAGUUAGCCUAGACAGGGAGCAGCUGGGUAGUGAACAAGCACCUGGGUAGUAAAAAACAAGCUUCAGUUUUACUAGAUACCAACUUUGCUUCCAAACUGGUUGUGCCAAUUUAUGUUCGUAUUACCCAGUGCCGUCGAGUUGAUUCCGACUCAUAGUGACCCUAUAGGACAGAGUAGAACUGCCCCGUGGGGUUUCCAAGGAGCGCCUGCAGAUUCGAACUGCUGACCGUAUGGUUAGCAGCCAUAGCACUUAACCACUACGCCACCAGGGUUUCCACGUUCAUAUUAUUUGUGUAUAAAAUUUCUCACUUUUUCAUGUCCUUGGCCAAACCAAAAACCAAACCUGUUGCCGUCAAGUCGAUUCUGACUCAUAGCGACCCUAUAGGACAGAGGAGAACUGCCUCACAGGGUUUCCAAGGAGCGGCUGGUGGAUCCAAACUGCAGACCUUUUGGUGAGCAGCUGAGCUCUUAACCACUGUGCCACCAGGGCUCCCAAGUCCUUGUCAACAUUUAGAAUUUUCAGAUUUUAAAUUUUUUGCUAAUCUGGUAAGUGCAAACUAGAAUCUUUUACAUCUUUUUAUCUUUUGCAUGAAAAAUUAUAUAUCAUAUACUAAAACGAAAGUUUGGUGAGUUUCCAUAUACCCAAUCACUCGGCUUCAACAAUUCCCAACUCACAGCCAUGAUCUAUCAAUAGUAACCCUACCCAUUCCUUCACCCCGGGUUAUUUUGAAGCAAAUCCCAGGUAUAAUUUUAUUCCUAAAUAUUUAGGUAUGUAUCUCUAAAUGAUUAGAUUUUUUAAAAAUAUGACCACAGUAUAAUGGUACCUUUUGAAGAAUACCAAUUUCAUUUUUUAAUUUGAAUAUAAAAUUUUUUACCUAUUAUUUUGUAAUCUGUGCUCUUUUUUUUUUUUUUGUCUUAUUUAGGAACUCCUUUUUUACUCCUGCAUUUUCUUCUAGAAGUAAUGCUUUUUACAUCUAGGUCUUUAAUCCACUUCAAUCCUUUUUUUUGUCAUUUGGAUAACUAUCAUUUACUAACUAGUCUAUCGUGUCCCCCACUGGCUGUGGUGUCACCUCCGUCAGAUAUUGUCACAUAGGCGCGGGCUUAUUACUGGUUCUCCGUUCUCCACUGUUUGUGUAUCCCUGUCCAGUGCCAUCCCAGCUUACCCACUAUGGCUUUUAAUAGGGUUCAAUAACUUGGAGGUCAAUUCUUCCUACUCCUCCUAUUCGUCAAAAUCACUGUGACUUUUUUUGCUCUUUACUCUUCCAUAUACAUUUUUUAUUCAC